AUAAUAAUAAUAAUAAUAAUAUCUCCGCGUUUUGGUGUCAUAACUCUCUUCCCUUCCCAUCUCAUUCCUCUCGCAUCGCUCUCUCUCUCUCUCUCCUGCGCUGAAACCCUAACCCUAAAUCUGAACCCUAGCCCAGGUUCAUCAAGCAGGUUUCAUCAUGAAAGGGGGUAAAUCCAAUUCGAAGAAAGCCGACACCAAGCUUUCUGUGAAGGGUGGAGCAACCACAAAAGCUGGGAGAAAAUCGAGUAAGAAGGCGAAGGACCCGAACAAGCCUAAGAGGCCAGCCAGCGCUUUCUUCGUUUUCAUGGAAGAGUUCAGGAAGCAGUUCAAUAAGGAAAAUCCUGAAAAUAAAGCUGUCUCUGCUGUUGGAAAAGCUGCUGGGGCAAAAUGGAAGUCCAUGUCUGACGCUGAAAAGGCACCAUAUGUAGCAAAGGCAGAGAAGCGGAAGGUUGAGUAUGAAAAGAACAUGAAGGCUUAUAACAAGAGACAGGCUGAAGGACCUAAUGCAGCUGAGGAGGAAGAAGGGUCUGAGAAGUCAAUGUCUGAAGUGAAUGAUGAAGAUGAAGGAGAUGAUGAAGGCAGCGGAGAGGAGGAUGAUGACGAGUAGGAAAUGACUUAAAGAAUAGCUUAGUCAUCUAGGGUGUCACAAUAUUGGAUCAUUCCAUAGUAAUGGUUUGGUCGUUAAAUGUUAAUUGGUAUCUUUUCUUUUUAUCAUUUCUUUUGAGAAAUAUAUUGCUGCUCCCUUUGUCUCCUUGUUUUUCCAUUUUGUAACCAAAAAGUUAUAGAUGGGAGAUUUACUUCUCUUUGUAAUUUCUUGAAGUCUAAUUAUUUAGUUAAGUGGUUCAAUGGUUUCUAGGGCA